AUGAUGCGAUCCAUGUUGGCGGCCAGCGCCCUUCUGCAGCUUUUGUCUGCUGUAGCUGGAACCUCCACAGCCAGUGACGAUGGCAGCGCCGCGAGUGAGUUUUUCCAGUACAUGAUGGCAAGCAGCAAGAACGCUUUCAGCAACUUUGGGUUUGAUAGUGAGAGAUAUGAUGAGUCGCGUUUUGCAGAGCUGAUCAUCGCUCAGUCCCAGGGUUGCAAGUUUUGCUUCCCAGAUGGUUUGGUUAUUCGUGGAUCAAGAAUUACCACAGAGAGAACUUUAGCAGACCUGAUUGGUUGUGGUUUCUGGAUGCGAGUGACUUGCUGUGGUUUGCUACUGACCUUUGCUGGAGCUUUGCUGCUAGAAGGUUGGUUCGUGGUGUUGAAGAAGGGAGGUGUCUCCUUUGUGCGAGAAGUGCGAGUACCCUCGGUUCCCACAGUACAGCAAGAAGUGCACAGCAAGAGUUACACGAUCGUGGUAAAAGAAGCAAUUGCCUUCCAGGACGGCAGCGAGAAGGAGAGUACCCUGGAGGAUGUCUACGUCGAGGACACCCAAGGCCGAGGAAGAACAGUUUUGGUGAAGCAAGAAGAAGUACCAGUUCGUAAAGAGCAUGAAGAAGAAAGUGAGCAUGUGGAGUUGAUGGCCACCAGCAUGUAUCGUCAUCUACCUCAAGUCCCAAUACGCUAUGAAGAACCAAGACUCAUGAACUAUGUGUUCGACGUGUACAAGAACUACGAGAAAGAGUACCAUGUCACAAAG